AUGGCUGCCGCCGACCUUUCGAGUCACCAGCACCACAAUAGGACGCGGCAUGCCCACACGAAACGCGCCAGGAUGCCCAGAGAGGAUGUGGCGAUGCACAACGUCGUCGUGGACGGUGAGAUUGACCGCUCUCGCGUCUGGCGCUCGAACGCCGCAAUGCACAGUGCAGGUAAUGGCACACAGUGGGCAGAAUCGUCCUCGCGCUCUUGGCUGCUACGCGAGGGGAGGAGGUGUUCCAGUCGGCAGCAGAAGGAUUGUGAGGACUACGAUGCCAUCGGCCACCUCUUUUGGCGCCAGGUGAGUGGCACGGUCCUUGAGCUGGGCGGCCUCGAUGGUCAACGAAGCUCCAAAACGGCCAUGUUUGCGUCUCUUGGCCACUGGCGCCGCAUCAUCGUCGAAGGCGACCCUUCGUGGCGCGCCUCGCGGCGGCAGUAUAUCGCAAGUGGCAUCCCAGAUUUUGCUGGCGUGACGGCGGCGGUGUGCGCGAAACCCAUGGCCGUUCACUACCUCACAAAAGCUGGCGGGCCAAAGGAGGUGCAGGGCAUUGCCGAAUUCAUGAGUGAGCGCUUUGUGCGACACUGGUACCCAGAGCUGGCGCCUCACGUGGUGUGGGCGCCGCAGGGGGCGGGGGUGGGGUGGGACGCGGCUCCGUGGGCCACGAUCCCGCACGUACCGCUCAACUGCCUACCCUUAACGACGAUCCUACAGCGGCUCGGCGUGACCCACCUCAACAUGCUGAUUUUGGACGUCGAGGGCGCCGAGACAGAAGUGCUACGUGCGGUGGACUGGGACACGAUCACCAUCGACGUGCUUGCCGUGGAGACGACCGCUGGGACACGCCCGCCCACCGACCGGAAGCGCGUCCUCCAUCACAUGCUCAACCAGACUGGCGGUCGCUAUGCCGUUUGGGAAGGGCACGGCCGCAUCCGUGAUCGCAAUACAUGGUUUGUUCGGCGCGGGUUCGCACCGAAUAGCAACCCGUCACUCGCUCCCACCGUACGCAAGCUACUCCGCAACGCCGGGAACGUCACGUAUGAGCACGAGAGGGAGUCGGAUUUGGCACAAUUUGCUGCUCAAGGCAAAGAGGAGAUGCAUAAUGAGGCAACGAAGAGAACCUCUGAGCUCGCCAAAAAGAUUGACGAAAGGAGGCGGCGCAUGCGGAUGAGGUGGCCCGCUUACAAGGCGAGCUGA